GCUUGCCUCAUGUGCCAGUGCAGUUUAUAUCAGUAACGGACUAAUUUUUUAAAGGUGCCAAGCAGGUUUAGCCUCCCCUAGCUUUAUUGAAAAUCUGACUAUGAAUGCAUGGUGAGGUUGUCUUCGUAUCAAGAGGGGCAGGGCAGGGACACAGACUAGAGGACAUAGGUGGACGGACUUCUCUAUGAAAUGCCAGAGUGGUUCAAGUCUGGAUGAGAAAUAGCUCAACAGCUAAAAACAAGGACAACAUGACACAUGGUUUCCAGAGCCAGCCUUCUUUUAAUGAAAUUAGAAGGUUGCAGGUGCCUAUUUUCGAAAAGCAAGGCCAUCCUGUUCUGAGCAAUACUACUUCUGACUACCAUUACAAAUUAACCAAGCCUAAGAAUGAAAUUGAUGAACUAAUUGCAAAACACAAUGAAGAGCUACACGCUUAUGAAAAUCAGAUUGCCAAGAUACAGAUUAAGGAUGGAGAAGCAGUUCAACAAAAUUUGAAAUAUGAGUCAAUGGGAGCUGGAAAGCAAUACAGAGUUGCCAGAAUAGAAGGGGAAGAACAGAAGGCAAAUUCUGUACAAAUUCAGACUCAGUUCAAAGCCCAAGUUGAUGAACUGCAACAAAAGAUGUUCAGUGUAGAGAAUAUUUUUCGAACUGCACAGCUUCAUUGGCUAGAAAAACAAAAAACCUUUCAAAAUGACUUACAAAACAGAGAGAACAUUAUUCAGAACUGCUUGAAGGAACAGAAGACCCUAAUUUCAGAGACUCACAGCCUUAAAUAUCAACUGCAGAAAGAAAAGAUACAUGUUCAGGAGAUGCAGCAAAAACUGCUGGAAAUGGAAACUAUAUGUUGUAACAACCUGGUGACUUUGAAACAUCAGAAUAGUGAGCUGGAUUAUAGUGACCAAAAAGAAGAGAAGCUGCAGACGGAACUUGAAGACGCAAAUAGAAGAAUUAAGAGCUUGGAAGAUAAUAUAGAGGCUGAAAAAGCAGCACAUCUAGAAUCUAAAAUGAAUUCUGAAGUUAUCAAGUUGCAAAUACACAAUAUUGAAAGAUCCCUGGAAGUGGAGAAGGCCAGUCUGGUCCAAACAGUUUCUGAUUUAGAUGUGAUAAGGAAUCAGUUCAUUAAAGUAGAAGCAGCUUACAAUUCAGAAAAAAAGAAGGCAGAAGAGUUUGCUCAAAAGCUCAAACAGUCGGAACAUGAUUUCUGUACUUUAGGGAAUCAGCUGAAAUCAGAUUUAGAGCAAGAAAACAGAAUGAUUGCAAAACUCACUGCAAAGCAAAACUAUAUAGAGGACAGUUCUGUCACAAUGGAGCAGGAGCUUGCUAUGAAAGCACAGCCUAACCUGGAAGCUUCCAAAAAAGACCUGGGUGAUCUGCACACAAAAUGCACAGAUCAAGAAUAUCAAAUAGCUGUUUUGAAGAUGGACUUGAAAAAUGCACAAAAUGGCUGGCAGAAUGAGAAACUAAAGGUGUUAGAGUGUGACACAGAAAUCCAGAAGCUUGCAAGGGCUUAUCAGAAUGAUACAGAGGAAAAGUUUACAUUCCUGCACAGCUUGUACCAGCGUUUGGUUGCAGGCUGUGGCCUGGCAAAACACCCACAAAGUUUGUUGGAUAAAUUUUCAUGGAUGGAGCUUUAUACUUUCCUUGAGGAAAAUGUUGAUCUACUAAUCUCAGACCUGAACCAGGCUAAUGAAAAGGUGUCCAGUCUAGAAGGUCUUUGUAAGACCAAGUCUGAGGUUAUGAAGGACCUGCAGAAGAGCUAUGAAGAAUCACUCAAGAAGCUGAGUGAAGAGAUAAAAGCACAGGAAUUGUAUUGGCUAAAACAUAGGAGAGAUAUGGAAGAGCAUUACACAAAGCUCCUUCAGAAGGUUCAAGCAAAGGCAAAGAAAUUUCAGAGUAUAGCUGAAAAAUCCCAGGAAAAAAACAGAAAAAGCUCAGAUAACUCAUGAAACUGUGCACGUAAAAUAAAAUCUGAUUACCUCUAAAAAGGACUUCAAGUCUAUGGCUGGUGCCUUCUGUCCUCUCUAUAUCAGAACCUGUUUGUUGGCUUCCCAGAUUGAGAUUUUUUUUUAGCAUCAAGUUAGCACCUGUGCUUUUUAAAAGUUAGUCUGUAAUAAAAUCUGGACCAGUGUAUUGCUUUUUCAUGUUACCUUAUGAAAUAGGAAAUGUUUUUGUACCCUAUAUGCACUAGAAAUAACUUGAUAUAUAGGUAUUGUAUACUGUAGGUAUUGUUAUAGUUGAUAUUGCAAAUAGAUAUUAGUAAUACAGAGACUGCAUUGCAUCAUUUUUACAGCAGGUGCUAUUGAUGCACUUUAUAUUCGUAUUUAUAUAUGAGGAUUUGAUAGAUCUGGUGGAUUGUUCACUGUUUAUGUAUGAAUUAGUUUUCUCCUUGAAUUUAUUCUGCAUUAGUAACUUGAUAUUAUAAGAUGUCAUUAACAGUUUUAAGUUGCAAGCUAUUUUGAGUAUAAAUUAUUCAUUUACGGUAUUAAAAUUAAAAUCUAUUUCAACUGUUA